GUUGCUGCGUUGUAGAAAAUUGAUAUGAUGUAAAGGCUUAUUACGUCAUAAUAAAAAAAAUUGCGUACGUAAUGUGCUUGGAGAACCUGUGAGAAGAGUUUUUUUUUUUUUAAUUAUUAUUUCUUAACACCCCUGAACUAGAAUGAUGAGACAAGAAGGACAAAGCCGAGGAUUACAGGGUUGUUGGGUUGCCGUCAGCGUAUCUUUGAUGCUGGGCUGCUUUCCGAUAGUUUCAGCCCAGAUAAAAUAUUCAAUUCCAGAGGAAGUAAAAGUAGGAUCUGUCGUUGGAAACAUCGCAAAGGAUCUCGGGCUGGACGUCAACACCCUGGGAGAAAGACGAUUUCGCAUUGUUUCGGGAAUAAGAGACGGUCAGUUCGACGUCAACCAGAACAAUGGCGUAAUGUAUGUGCACCAGAAUAUAGACAGAGAAACUCUUUGUGAAAACAUUUCGCCUUGUUUGGUGAAUUUAAAAUUAGUAGCUGAGAAUCCCAUGGAAAUACAUUAUGUCGCAAUCGAGAUUUCGGACAUAAACGAUAAUGCGCCAACUUUUCAAGAGAAUGAAAAGAAAAUUGAAAUUGCUGAGUCUACUCAGACAGGCAGACGUUUCCAGUUACCAACUGCUCGUGAUCCAGAUGCUGCCGUUAACACUAUACGUGUGUAUAAAUUAAGCCAGAAUGAACACUUCGGUUUACAAAUUCGGGACAGGGGAAAUGACAAAGUACCACAUUUAGUUUUGCAAAAACCUCUUGAUAGAGAAAAACAUAAUGACCACACAUUGAUUUUGACAGCAUUAGACGGUGGGAAUCCUCCAAGAUCAGGAACUCUAAAUGUCGCAAUAACUGUCCUCGAUUCAAACGAUAAUCAUCCCGUCUUCACGCAAGAGGUAUACUCAGUAAUAUUACCAGAAAAUGUAAAACGGGAUACGAGGGUAAUUACUGUUAAUGCUACUGAUCUGGAUAUUGGUUUAAAUGCAGAAAUUGAAUAUUUUUUCGGUGGUGAACAUGACCCUCAAGUACAUGAGAUGUUUAGCUUGGACAAAGUCAGUGGUGAAAUCAGAGUAAAAGGAGUCAUAGAUUUUGAAAAAUAUGAAGUUUAUAAAUUAGAAAUACGUGCAAAUGACAAAGGAACGCCUCCUUUGGGCGCAGAUUGUACCGUCCUCAUCAAAGUGCUGGACGAAAAUGAUAACAAACCUGAAAUUGAGGUCACAUCUCUUUCUAAGCAGGUUUCAGAGAGCUCCAGACCUGGCGCUGUAGUUUCUUUAAUCAGCGUCACAGACCAGGAUUCAGGUUUAAACGGUAAAGUCAUUUGUAGCCUUUCUGACAACCUGCCGUUUGAUUUAAAACCAUCGUUUCAGGAUAACAUGUACUCUUUAGUUUUAAAACAAAAUUUGGAUCGAGAGUCAGUUUCGCAUUAUGACAUCACCAUAACAGCUACUGACAGUGGUCAGCCUCCUCUAUCUACAUUUAAAACUCUGAGCAUUGACGUGUCAGAUACAAAUGAUAAUGCACCGCAAUUUCUAAAUAAUCCAAUUGAACUUUAUCUGACAGAAAACAACGUCCCGGGAAACCCAAUAUAUUCUGUGUCUGCUUCUGAUAACGAUCUGGACGAAAAUUCAGCUGUAAGUUAUCAUUUAGUUAGAGAAGAAGGAAGCCAAUCGAAAAUUAUUGCAUUUUUAAACGUCAACUCGGAAAAUGGAGAAAUAUAUGCGCUCAAAAGUUUCGACUUUGAAACUCUGAAAACUUUCCAGUUCCAAGUUGUCGCCACUGAUUCUGGGACUCCGUCACUCAGCAGCAACGUCACAGUGAACGUGUUCAUUCUGGAUCAGAACGACAACGCUCCAGUCAUCCUGUAUCCACUCAGCUCUAAUGGUUCUGCUGAAGGUGUGGAGGAGAUUCCACGCAACGUGAACGCAGGACACUUGGUGACUAAAGUCAGAGCCUAUGACGCUGAUAUAGGAUAUAAUGGCUGGUUGCUGUUUUCACUACAGGAAGUUACUGACCACAGUCUGUUUGGUUUGGACCGCUACACUGGACAGAUCAGAACACUUCGCUCAUUCACAGAGACAGACGAGGCUGAACAUAAACUGGUCAUAAUGGUCAAAGAUAAUGGCAACGUUUCACUAUCAGCAACAGCUACUGUGAUUGUUAAACUGGUGGAACCAAAAGAAGCUUUUGCAGCUUCUGAUGUUAAAAGUGCAGCAACGGAGAAUCAAGAGGAUAAUGUGACUUUUUACCUGAUGAUCACUUUGGGAGCCGUUUCUGUUUUGUUUAUCAUCAGUAUCAUCGUGCUGAUUGCAAUGCAGUGCUCCAAAUCCACAGACUAUAAUUCAAAAUAUCUUCAAGAGCCGAAUUAUGAUGGGACGCUGUGUCACAGCAUCCAGUACAGAUCUGGAGACAAACGCUACAUGUUAGUUGGACCCAGGAUGAGUAUUGGAUCUACUAUAGUACCUGGAAGUCAUGCAAACACACUAGUGCUACCUGAUAGAAGGAGAACAUCUGAAGAGGACAACGGGGACCUUUAUGUUGUUCGGAAAAUCGACCGAGAGGAGCUCUGUCGGGGAAGCGGCAAAAGGAACAGAGGUUUGAGAUUGCUGAACAAACUCUGCCCGGAAGACGAUUUCAAUUGCACGCUGCCCGUGAUCCUGAUUCUGGAUCUAAUUCUAUACUUCCAAGUUGUCGCCACUGAUUCUGGGACUCCGUCACUGAGCAGCAACGUCACAGUGAACGUGUUCAUUCUGGAUCAGAACGACAACGCUCCAGUCAUCCUGUAUCCACUCAGCUCCAAUGGUUCUGCUGAAGGUGUGGAGGAGAUUCCACGCAACGUGAACGCAGGACACUUGGAAGUUACUGACCACAGUCUGUUUGGUUUGGACCGCUACACUGGACAGAUCAGAACACUUCGCUCAUUCACAGAGACAGACGAGGCUGAACAUAAACUGGUCAUACUGGUCAAAGAUAAUGCACAGAUUAAAUAUUCCACAUCGGAGGGGGUUAAAGUGGGAGCUGUGAUCGGAAAUGUGGCCAAGGACUUAGGCCUCGAUGUCAGCACGCUGACGAGUAGGCGUUUUCGCAUUGUGUCCGGAGCUCACGGCGCGCUGUUUGAGUUCCAAGUUGUCGCCACUGAUUCUGGGACUCCGUCACUGAGCAGCAACGUCACAGUGAACGUGUUCAUUCUGGAUCAGAACGACAACGCUCCAGUCAUCCUGUAUCCACUCAGCUCCAAUGGUUCUGCUGAAGGUGUGGAGGAGAUUCCACGCAACGUGAACGCAGGACACUUGGUGACUAAAGUCAGAGCCUAUGACGCUGAUAUAGGAUAUAAUGGCUGGUUGCUGUUUUCACUACAGGAAGUUACUGACCACAGUCUGUUUGGUUUGGACCGCUACACUGGACAGAUCAGAACACUUCGCUCAUUCACAGAGACAGACGAGGCUGAACAUAAACUGGUCAUACUGGUCAAGGAUAAUGGCAACGUUUCACUAUCAGCAACAGCUACUGUGAUUGUUAAACUGGUGGAACCAAAAGAAGCUUUUGCAGCUUCUGAUGUUAAAAGUGCAGCAAAGGACGAAGAGGAUAACAAUGUGAUUUUUUACCUGAUGAUCACUUUGGGCGCCGUUUCAGUUCUUUUUAUCAUCAGUAUCAUUGUUCUGAUUGCAAUGCAGUGCUCCAAAUCCACAGACGAGAUGUCUAAGUAUCUUCAGGAGACUAAUUAUGACGGGACACUGUGUCACAGCAUCCAGUACAGAUCUGGAGACAAACGCUACAUGUUAGUUGGACCCAGAAUGAGUAUUGGAUCUACUAUAGUACCUGGAAGUCAUGCAAAUACACUAGUGCUUCCUGACAGGAGGAGAACAUCUGAGGAGUUCCAAGUUGUCGCCACUGAUUCUGGGACUCCGUCACUCAGCAGCAACGUCACAGUGAACGUGUUCAUUCUGGAUCAGAACGACAACGCUCCAGUCAUCCUGUAUCCACUCAGCUCCAAUGGUUCUGCUGAAGGAAGUUACUGA